GGCUCAAGACGCCGCCAGGCUGGGGCCCUACGCACCUUGCUCAGGUGGCCCGCCGCGCCAACUGCGCGCGCCGGGUCCUCCGGGCUCGUCCUGUAGCGCGGCAUGGUGGACAGAGAGGAUGCCCGCACCCUGCAUCGCCGGACGCCUACGGUGGAGUCGCGUUGGACAUGCCAGCUUUGCUCGCAGUCGCGCAACACAGAGUCCAUGGAGAGCUGCAUGACGUGCCUGGUGACCGCCAGGGGGCACCGCCCAGAGAAGUACCAGCAGAGGCUGAAAGAGCUGCGACAGGACUGGAACCAACACGGCUACGAUGCUGACGACGUAGAGCCUGCGUGGGGGGACUCGUGGGCACUCUACCUGGGGGUCGGCCUGCUGGUCGCGGUGGUCGGUCUGCUGGCGUGGGCGAUCUACGAAGACUCGAGGGAGCAGCAGCUGAUAGACGGCACCGAGCUCUAGCACGCGCCCCGGUGCCCGCCUGAGAGAGCGCCGCCUCGCACCGCCGGCGGCCCCUGCCCCGGCCCUCCCCUCUCAGGGGUGGCCUCUGCGGCUGGAUCCGCCGUCCUCGCGUCGCGAAGGAAUCGCGACAGGAGGUUUUCGCAAUUCCUGGCCUCCGGGGGCCCUCGCUGGGUCUCGGGGCCGUCAGCAGAAAGGUCUCGGGAUGAAGAGCCACACCGGUGCGCGCCUGCGGCAGGGCGCGCGCGUGUCUUGGACGCGCACGGGGGGAGGAAGUUGGC